UCAAAUUUUACUUAACGCAGGCCUUUUUGUUCUCUUCAUAGCAACCCGGCAAACAAGUCAUCAUCAUCGACCAAACAAAUUUUCAAAACUAUUCUAGAAAAAGUUGUCCGAGCUCAGGCUUAUAGUCUUACCAGCUAGACAUUAAUAGCUCUAACUGAAUAUGGAUAAGCCUCAAAUGGUUGAGCAUCUACAUCAAUCAGUGAACUAUACUGUCUAUGAUACCAAGUGGAUACCAUGCUCAGCCAAAUUUGCGGUGCUAGGCUCCAAACCAAACAGCCAUGGAAUAUUGGAAAUAUACGAGCUAAAUGAAAAUAAAUUGGAAAAAAUAAAGACCAUAGAGAAGAAAUCGGCAUUUAAAUGUGGCACAUUUGGAGCUGCCUCAUUAAGGAAUCGACACAUGGCAAUAGGCGAUUUUCAGGGAAGGCUGCAAGUUUUAGAUUUAGAACGCCCAGAUAUACCAGUCUACAAUGUGGAAGCCCAUUCUUCUAUAAUUAACUGCAUUGAUGCCAUUGGAGGUAAGCAAAUCAAUUGUGGGGCACCGGAAAUUGUUACCGGCAGUCGUGAUGGGUCGGUAAAAGUAUGGGACAUACGCCAAGGCAUGGCUCCUGUUGUGGACAUGACUCCCGAACCCAAUGCUGACGGGGUCAAUAAUACCAAAAGAGAUUGCUGGGCUGUGGCCUUUGGAGACAGCUACAAUAAUGAGGAACGUUGUGUUGCUGCUGGCUAUGAUAAUGGCGAUUUGAAGAUGUUCGAUUUAAGGCAACUAUCUGUACGUUGGGAGACUAGCUUGAAAAAUGGCAUAUGUGGCAUUGAAUUCGAUCGGCGUGAUAUUGCCAUGAACAAAAUGGUGGUCACCACCCUGGAGGGAGGUCUACUUAUAUUCGAUAUGCGAACACAACAUCCCACAAAGGGCUUCACAAGCCUAGAAGAACGUAAUGCAGGACGUUCGGUGGGAUCGAAUGGUAUUAUCACAGGACCAAAGGCUACUGUUUGGUGUGCACGUCAUUUGCCACAAAAUCGUGAUAUUUUUGUCACUUGUGGUGGCACAGGUUCCAUACGCCUAUGGAAUUAUCAAUAUCCCGAAAAGAGGAUGAAGGAAGAUGCCGAUGGCUUUAAGGAGGGUGUUGUGGGAACUCUUGAAAUGCUGCAUGCUUCAACGAUUUCAACGCAACCAGUACACUGUUUCGAUUGGCAUCCCGACAAAAUGGGUUUGGCCGUUUGUGGAGCCUUUGAUCAAAGUGUGCGAGUGUUGGUGACGACAAAGCUUAAUUUGUAUUAGAACAAAUAAAUGUCUUUAGAAUAAAAUAAGUGAUAUAUUACUUAAACGGG